AUGGGACGAGGGAAGAUAGAGAUAAAGAGGAUAGAGAACUCGACGAACAGGCAGGUGACGUUCACCAAGCGGAAGAAUGGGAUCAUCAAGAAGGCUAAGGAGAUCUCCGUCCUCUGCAACGCCCAGGUCUACCUCGUCCUCUUCUCCAGCUCCGGCAAGAUGGCCGAGCUUUGCAGCGACAACACCACGUCCGUUCCCAUCAUCCCCACCACAUCUCUAUACCUCUCUGUUUCUCUCUCCGAUCUCUCACCGGAAAGGCCCCCCGCAGGCUCUCCUGGAUGCUGGAGCAAUACCACAAGUACACUGGCAACAGGAUCUGGGACGCCAAGCACGAGGUAG